UAAGGAUUCCCUUUUCGCAGCUCUAGCGUAGUUGUCACCUGGAUUCAGUGCCUUGCCUGGAAACUUCCACAUGCCAGGAGUGUGGCAAAAAAAAAAAAAAAAAAAGGAAAAUGCUUCUUACCUUUGCUUUCUUUAGCCAUUUUCAAAAUGUCCCUUAGAUAUUUUUGCGCCCAAUUUCCGUGCAGAUCCUCCAGGUGGAUCUUGGUAUGCCUCCUGGAAACAGGAACUACACAACCCAGAAUGCCUUGCGUCAGGGGAAAAGCGGUUCCGUUCGGGCCCAAAGGGUCGGGCGGUACUUCCUGUUCCGCAGCCAAGCUGCCAUGUUAACCAGUCUGGGUCUGGUCCGCCUCCGAGCCGCUCCCUUGGGGCUGAGUUGACCGGACAGGGACGGUCCGGAAGGAGCCACUGACCCCGCGGCAGAGGCGGGCCUGAGACUCGGCGACGCCGCCCGCGUGCCCCGGACCAGGCCCGGGAUAGAGACCGCCGUGCCCGCGCCCCUCCUCGCCCGCUGCUCCCGGCCCCGCUCCGCCCGCAGAGCCCGAUGGCGGCGGCCGCGCUGAGGGACUCGCCUCAGGGCACUGUGACUUUUGAAGACGUGGCCGUGAACUUUUCCUGGGAGGAAUGGGGUCUCCUUGAUGAGGCUCAGAGACGCCUGUACCAUGAUGUGAUGCUGGAGAACUUGGCACUUAUAACCUCUCUGGGUUGUUGGUGUGGAGCAGAGGAUGAGGAAGCACUUUCUGAGCGAAGUAUUUCUGUUCAAGGAGGGUCACAGAUCAGGACUGUUAAGGCAGCUUUGUCUACCCAGAAGGCCAACCCCUAUGAGAUUUGUGGCCCAGUCUUGAGUGACACUUUUCACUUGGCUGAGUACAAGGGAACACAUUGUGGGCAGAAACUACUCAUGUGUGGGGCAUGUGAGAAACCACUCUAUUUCAGAGCACACUGCCAUCAGGAUCAAAAGCAGCACAUUGGAGAGAAACCAUUAAGAAGUGAUGUGAGGAGAGCCUUGUUUGUGAACAGUUCCAAAUUCCGUGUAUCAGGAAAGCCCUUUUCCUUUGGGGGUGUUGGGAAGGACUUCCUGGGCAACUCAGAAUUUCUUCACCAACAGGCCCCACCCACCUGGGAGAAGUCAAAUUGUGGAACCAAGAGUGAGGCCACCUUUCCAAGGGAAAACAAUCAUUAUAAAUGGGGAGACAGCACAAAAACUUUGAGCUGCAAACACACACUUGUUCAGCACCAGAGAGUCCUCACUAGAGGAGGAUGUUACAUGUGCAGCGAAUGUGGGAAAUCAUUUAGCAAAAGCUCCCACCUCAUUAGACAUCAGAGUGUUCACACUGGAGAAAAGCCUUAUGAGUGCAGUGAAUGUGGGAAAUCUUUUAGUCAAAGUUCAAACCUCAUUCAGCAUCAUAGAGUUCACACUGGAGAAAGGCCUUAUGAGUGCAGUGAAUGUGGGAAAGCCUUUAUCCAAAGAUCACAUCUCAUUCAACAUUGGAAAGUUCAUACUAGAGAAAGGUCUUUUGAGUGUAAAGAGUGUGGGAAAUCUUUUACCAAGAGCUACAGCCUCAUUCACCAUCAGAGUGUUCAUACUGGGAAAAAGCCUUAUGAAUGUAGUGAAUGUGGGAAGUCAUUUUCCCAAAACUCUGUGCUCCUUCGGCAUCAGAGGGUUCACACUAGAGAAAGUCCUUUUGUGUGCAGUGAAUGUAGGAAGUCUUUUCGCCAAAGCUCUGCACUCCUUCAGCAUCGGAGAGUUCAUACUGGAGAAAGGCCCUAUGAAUGUGGUGAAUGUGGGAAAUCCUUUAGAUAUAUCUCAAACCUCAUUACCCAUCGGAGAGUUCACACCGGAGAAAGGCCUUAUGAAUGUAAGGAAUGUCGAAAAUCCUUUAAGAAAAGCUCUUCACUACAUCAACACCAGAGAGUUCACACUGGAAAAAGACCUUAUGAAUGCAGCAAAUGUGGGAAAUCAUUUCGCCAAAAUGUUGUGCUUCUUCAACAUCAGAGAGUUCAUACUGGAGAAAGGCCUUACCAGUGUGGUGAAUGUGAGAAAUCAUUUAGAUAUAUCUCCAACCUGACGACUCAUCGGAGAGUUCACACUGGGGAAAAGCCUUAUGAGUGUAAUGAGUGUGGAAAAUCCUUCAGUCAAAGCUCUAACUUCAUCACACAUCAGAGGAUUCACACUGGGAAAAGACCUUACAAUUAGGGAGAUAUACUGAACUCUUUAUCUACAGGUUUAGUCUCUUAAAACACCAGACUAUUUACUGCAUCAAGGCCUUAGGUGAUGAAUGCGUUAAGGCCAUUAGCCCAGUGUCUUUACUCUUUGGAUACCACACAUUUCUUUUCUUUUUUUUUUUUUGUCUUUUUGCCAUUU